AUGGCCAGUGCUCUGUGCACUGUGCCGGCCGCCUUAGCUGGCCCCCAAAAGAGAGGGAGCAGAGCAGAGGAGACCCUACCUUCUGGCGUUCUAAACUGGAGGACGUUUCUGGAAAACUACCUGAUGCCUUUCCCUGUGUUCAUGUCCCCCCCAGGGCAUCUGAGAGGGGAGGGCUUUCUGCAGCUGCCACUAAGCACCAUGGCUGCGUCCUCCACACCCGGGCAGCCGGAAUAUGGUCCGGACAACGCAACGGAGACCGUUUCAAAUGGGACUUUAGCUGAGGAGUCUUUUGGAGACGCUGCCUUUCGUAAGUGGAGGAAGAUCCUCACUCUGGUCGUUGUUCCGGUUGGGCUGGUGGGGAACAGCCUCGUCCUGUGGCUUCUGGGCUUCCGCAUCCAGAGAAACCGCUUCUCUGUCUACAUCCUCAACCUGGCCGGGGCCGACGCCCUCUUCCUUGGUAGCUUCCUUGUGUUCUUCCUAUGGGAAAUUGGUAAAACUCCUCUCUUGUGCCUGUUAGAGGAGUGUAUGUUAUACAUGUUCUACUGUGUGGGCCUGGGCCUGCUGGCGGCGAUCAGCACCGAGCGCUGUCUCUCCGUGCUCUUCCCCAUCUGGUACCGAUGCCACCGCCCCAAGCACGCGUCUGCGGCUGUGUGCGCCCUCCUCUGGGCUCUGGCUCUCCUGUUCUGGGGCGGGUAUUUUGGGUUUUGCUUUUAUACAGACUGUCUCCAUUUCUGGGACGACAUUGGCUACCUCCUGGCCGCGUGGUUCAUCCCCCUCACCCCGGUGCUGUGCGGGUCCAGCCUGACCCUGGUACUGAAGGUCCAGUGCAGCUCCCAGCGCCGGCAGCCGCCCAGGCUCUACCUCCUGGUCCUGCUCACCGUCCUCGUGUUCCUGCUCUGUGCUGUGCCCUUGGGGGUUAUGAUUUUCCUCUGGAGUUUGGCAAUGCCCAACUUCAGGCUCUUUCGCCUCUCUCUGCUCCUGGCCUGCGUGAACAGCAGCGCAAACCCAUUCAUUUACUUCUUCCUGGGCAGCCGAAGGUGUAGAAGAGGGAGGGAGCCGCUCAGGGUGAUCCUCCAGAGGGCCCUGGGGGAGGAGCAGGAGUCCGGGGUCGGGAAGAGGGACACUUCCCACACCCAGACUCUAGAUACAUCAUCCCGAGGAGAAGAACGAGAUGCUCAGGGGAAAUGA